AUGGGAAGCAACAUUUGGAAGAAGCAUAUCAAUCAAAGGCUUUUUACUGACGUUGAUGAGUCGUUAUUCAGGAACUAUUCGUUUAAAACAUUAUUAAGUUAUAUAUUUGGAACAUGGCUUUUUGUUAUUUUGAAAUUUGCAUUUUUUAUAUCGGAUCUUUACACAUGUAUUAAGUUACUAGCAUAUAAUAAAUGGUCCAAUAACGUUAUUAAACCUUAUCUGCCUUUUAGAAUAUCUAAAUGGUUAUUCAGUGCAUGCAUUUUAUUUUCGAUUGUACUUCUAUUGUGGAAUAUAAUAUCAGGGAUUAGAAUUUAUCAAACUCAUAAUAUUACAGAAUGCUACGUUAAUAAUGUUUCAAGAAAUUAUAUUUCAAUUACCAAUUAUUCUAAGUUUUGUAUUUUUGAUAAAAUUUCAUCGCAUGGUACAUUUCAGUGGUUUGCAUUUUUUGUGUUUUUUGAACUUAAAAGUUGUCUAGGAUUGAUUCUUUGUGAUACUCCAAGACAAGUGAUUAAUGGAUUGACUCUGUGGUCAAUCCUUAUCACUGUUCAUAAUGGGAAUGGAAUGAAUUUAAAUGAUUUAGAGACUUUCGAAGGAUUAAUAAAUAAAAUAAGAGCAAUUGCAGUCACGAAUCACGAAGAAGCUGUAUUACUUUCUUUUGUUUUAUUUUCUUUUAUUCUUUGGACUUUCUUUAUGGCAAAGCUAAUCUUUGCAUUAAUUUGUUGUAUUUUCGUGUAUUUCGAGUUAAUUAGAGAGGGGAAACAUAAUGGUCUUAGAGAUUACAUAUAUGUGACAAUUAGCAAACAUGUAGACGAUUUGAUAGUUAAGCAAACUGAGAAGAGUAGAAAUGGAGUUUAUCAGAACCAUCUAUUAACAGCUGAGGAUUCUAUUUUAGAAUUAGAUAUUUUAGAUUCUGAUUCCAUUGUUUCAAAACCAAUGUUCAAAUUAUAUAAUGAUUCCUUUAACUCUUUGCACCAGUUAAAGGGUCCACGUCAUAGUAUUUCGCCCUUAGACGUUAUUGACACUUAUGAUGAAAAUUUAACAGAUUCAUUAAAUGAACCAGUACCAUUGGUCUCUACUAUCCCACCUCAGGGGGAAUUUUUCAAAAAGAAUUAUAUUAGAAAUUUAAAUUUAAAUUUAAAUUUAAAUGAAUUAAAUGAUAGAAAAUUGGAUAAAUAUGGUUUUAAUGAUACAUCUGUGUAUUUUGAUAGCAAUAACAAUAAGAGUAAUAAUCAAUACUUUCAAUCAAAUGAUAAUAUAAUGGAGUCGAACAAAGAAAAUGAACCAUUUGACCUUACUAUGGUAACUAGUAAUAAUAAUAUUCAAAAAAUAAGUGAAAAUACAGAUUAUACAAUACCAAUAACAUUUGACAAGAUGAAAAGUGAUUUUAAUCCCAAUUCUAAAAAACCUGUUCCAUUAGAGAUCCCAUUAUUUGUAGGUGUUGAACAAAACAACGAUACCCGAAUUUUCACACCCAGUAGAGCAUAUUUCAAAGACCUUGAUCUUGAAAAUUCACCUUUCAAAAUGAAUACUGGAUUUAGUAACAUUCCAUAUACAGGCAAACAUAAUUAUUAA